AUGAGUUGCCUCCAUGCUUUCUUCAGAGACAGAGGUCCUUGCACAGAGACAGAAGCUAUGAAAAGGCAAAGCUCUGGUCAGGAGCAUGAGAUUAUUGAAUUACAAGAAGAUAAUGUGGAGGAAAGUCAGGCUGAUCAUGACAAGCCUCUAAAUGCUCAAACAAGAAAGGAGAGAGAUCACUGGAAAUCAUGUGGGAAUGUAGUUUUCUGGAGGUGUAAACUAUGGAUGGUUAUAAGUACAAUUUUUCUAGUACUCUUCCUGGUCAUUCUCAUCAGCCUAAUUCUUUAUUCUAAUGUUUACACGGAUGAGGAUGACUAUUGGGAUCCUGAUGCACUACUAAAUAGUGGAAAUUGUCGCAAUUUUUCGGGAACGUUGGAGUUAAUGUGUGGUCUCCCACACCUUUUCUCUGAAGACAUUACUAAGAGGUUAACAGAUGUCUACAGUUCAUCUCCAGCUCUAGGACGCUAUUUUAGGUCAGCUCAGGUGGCUUAUUUCAGUAAUGAAAGCUCCACUGUAUUUUAUCAGCUAGAGUUUUCUGUGCCACCAUCAACAGAGGGGUUUAUGGAAAACACAAUGAACCCAGAUUUUAUAAGGAACGUUUUACGUCAAAAUAUUUAUGACGAAGAUGAUACUUUUAAUCCUGGGACAUCUGAAUGUAACAGGUUAAAGCUUGACCCGACUUCUCUCACAUUAACAUGUAAGUGUUGUACGUUAGAGAGACUUUUUACAACGAGCAGAAGUAUUUACUUGAAAGGAGGGAAAUCUUUCUGGAAAGAUGUUGAGAUUUGUUGGUAA